AAUUACUCAAUAAAAAAGGAUGAAAAAAAAAGAGUAAAGGGGCAGAAGGAUUAUCUAAUUUAAUACGGAGUCAUUUUCCGCGCCCAUGAUAAAUCAAAAUCAAAAUACAAAAUCCUCCAAAGCCGCCGGCAGGAAUUCUCCUCCGGCAACUAUGGCGGACGACGGCCAGAGAAGUAUAGAUCUAGUCAAAGAGCUAGUCCACCGUUUACUCUGCACCUCAUUACAGUCUGCUGCCACUUCCGCAGCCUCUAACCCUAACCCUAGCCCAUCGGAGCAGCAGUUUCAGCAAGCUUUUAGCUACGCGGUUCGCAUCCUCUCCAGCCGCUUGACUCCUAAAAUUGCUUCCGAUGAGGCCGCCAUGGCCGAGUCCAUCAAGCGCCAGUUGGCCACCCAAGGUAAGUCCUCCGAAGCCCUCACUUUUGCCGAUAUCUUUUCAAAAUUCUCCUCCAAAACCGGCCCUGGAAGUGUUAAAAACAAAUGGGGUCUGCUCUAUUUGAUCAAAACCAUCUCCGAAGAUCGAAUGUCCCGGAAAAGCCACCCACUUUCUGGGAUUUCGGCUGGGGCCUUCAGCUCCGCUUUGACUGGUGGACUACCCUUGUUAUCUGAGGGACAUUCAAAUGGUAAUUUUCGAGCUGGAACUAGGGCUUCAAACUCGAGCGCAUUGGGGUUUCCUAAAAAAUUGCGGGAUUUGGAUGGAAAUUCAACCAGUGCUGGAAAAGGAGAGAAGAUUGCUAUUGAUGGUGCAUUAAGUGAGGAUUCCAGGAAUUCCAGGCGUCUGGUUGAUAGUUCAAGGUUCAUCAAAGGAAAGGAGGAAACAGUGAAGGGUUGGCAUGGAGGGGUUUUGAUGGUUUCAAAGGAUCCUGAGAAUAUGCGUGAUAUGGCAUAUCAUGAAUUCACUAACUUGUUGGAGGAGGAGAAUGAGGUGUCCGAGGAGGUUUUGGUGCGCGAUGUCCUGUAUGCUUGUCAAGGGAUUGAUGGGAGGUAUGUCAAGUUUGAUAGAAAUGCCGAUGGGUAUGUUCUUUCUGAUUUGGUAAAAGCUCCAAGAGCAAUUAGAACCAUGGUUAGGAAGCUCUGUGAGCUUGGAUGGCUUUUCAAGAAAGUCAACAAGUAUAAUUCAGAAUGCAUGGAUAGGUUCCCUGCAGAGGAUAUAGGAACUGUUGGACAAGCAUUUUGUGCGGUCCUGCAAGAUGAGCUGUCAGAGUAUUUCAAACUGUUGUCGGUUCUUGAAGCACAAGCAAUGAAUCCCAUCCCACUGGUUUCAGAAACUGCAACUUCGGGCAAUUAUCUGUCGUUAAGACGACUAUCUGUUUGGUUUGCGGAACCAACAGUGAAGAUGAGACUAAUGGCUGUCUUGGUUGACAGUUGUAGAGUUUUAAAAGGAGGAUCCAUGGCCGGGGCUAUCCACAUGCAUGCUCAGCAUGGGGAUCCACUUGUGAAGGAUUUCAUGAAAAGAUUGCUCCAUAGGGUGUGCUCUCCUCUUUUUGAGAUGGUAAGGACAUGGGUUCUUGAAGGAGAGCUCGAAGACUUGUUUUCGGAGUUUUUCAUCGUUAGUCAACCAGUGAAAGCAGAGUCACUCUGGGGAGAAGUCUACCGCCUUCACUCUGCAAUGCUUCCUUCAUUCAUCUCUCAGUCUCUCGCACAACAAAUUCUAAGGACUGGUAAGUCAAUAAAUUUUCUUAGGGUAUGUUGUGAGGAUGGGGGUUGGGCUGAAGCAGCAAAGGAAGCCGCGGCAGCAGCGGGGACUACAACCUCUAGGGGUAGUCUCAGGUAUGGUGAGACGGAUGCACUUGAAUCUUUGGUCACAGAAGCAUCCAGAAGAAUUGACAAGCAUUUACUAGACGUGAUGCACAAUCGGUACAAAUUCAAGGAACACUGUUUUGCGAUCAAACGUUAUUUGCUUCUCGGGCAAGGUGAUUUCGUGCAGUACCUAAUGGAUAUUGUGGGGCCUGAUCUAUCACAACCCGCCAACACAAUCAGUUCGUUCAAGUUAGCAGGUUUAUUGGAGAGUGCAAUCAGAUCAUCCAAUGCACAGUAUGAUGACCCUGAUAUACUUGACAGAUUGAGGGUUAAAAUGAUGCCACAUAACCCGGGUGAGAGAGGGUGGGAUGUGUUUUCAUUGGAAUAUGAUGCUCGGGUCCCACUAAACACAAUUCUCACAGAGUCUGUUAUGGCAAGGUAUUUAAAAAUCUUCAAUUUCUUGUGGAGGCUCAAGAGGGUGGAACAUGCACUUACCGCUGCUUGGAAGACAAUGAAACCAAACUGCAUAACUUCACAUUCCUUCUCUAAUAAGUUGCCACGAGAUGUGAAGUUGCAGUUGGUUUUGACGUCUAGGAAGUGUCAAGUUUUAUGGGAUGAGAUGAACCAUUUUGUCUCUAAUUUGCAGUACUACAUCAUGUUUGAAGUUCUUGAGGUGUCUUGGUCUAAUUUACUUGUGGAAAUGGAGUUAGCCAAAGACCUUGAUGAUCUCCUUGUUGCACAUGAGAAGUAUCUAUGUUCAAUUGUUGAGAAAUCUAUGCUUGGAGAACGGUCCCAAGCUCUUAACAAGACUCUUUUUGUGUUGCUUGACUUCAUAUUACAGUUCCAGAGUCUCGUGGAAAGAUUAUAUGAAGGCAUUAAUGAGUUGCAAUCCAGAGCUGCAGACUCAUCAAUGACAUCAAAUGACCGAGUCAAAACACGAGGGCAGUCUAAAUCUUCUUCAGAACCAGGUGGUGGUUCAUCAUGGCUUGGGGAGGGUAGGAAGGCUCUUACUCACAGGGUUGGUGAGUUUCUUCAAAAAACAGGAAAAGAUAUUGACACGGCCACCAAGGAAUAUUCAUCCCUCUUUGAGGGGUUCAUUUCACAGUUGCCCGUGCAACAACACAUCGAUUUGAAGUUUCUUAUGUUCAGACUUCACUUCACAGAGUUCUACGGUCAUUUACGUGGAAAUACGGGAGGGAAGCUUCUAUAGGGGUGUGCUGACAUUUAACCACUACUACGUGAUACCCCAAACUUCUCUAUAUGUCUGACUACAGGUACUGUAUGCGAUGGGUUGAUUCACUUUGUUAUUACAAUUUGCAAGAGGCUUUCAGUUUUUCUUUACUGUGUUGCAAGUUCUUAGAUAAGGCACGGGCAGGUUUACGUGUUUUGCUUCUUAUUCAAUUCAAUUGGUUUCUUUGGAUUCUUUUGGCUCCCCACCAAGUGUUUGUUCCGUCAGAGCUGUGGUUUGUCUGUAACAUAUUUUUGUUUAGCCCAAAUGUGUCACUUCUGUUUUGAGUGCCUUCCAAAUGAAAUGGCUUUAUGGUU